AUGAUAAGUCUUUUCAGUUUCAUCCUUUCUCUACUUUUCCUUGUAUCUAUCCUUGUUGCAGUUUCACGUCUUUUUCACAAACCACAGGUGCAUGUUCUCGGAGCCCCAUCGAUUCUCGGCCUUCCUAUUGUGGGUAAUGCUUUCCAAUUGUACCAUAACCCUGCGCUAACCCUCUCCAAUUGGGCCCAGGCAGUUCUGCUGCCAGUGCUCUUGGUCCAUUUGGGUCGGAUGCCCGUGGUGGUAGUGUCAAGUUUCCGCAUGGUGAGGGAACUUUACGCAAACCACUCGGUCGGCCUUUCGUCUCGUCCUCUGCUGCACACAUUCCACACGGUGGUUUCGGCAGUGCAAGGUGUGACCGUUGGUAGUACUCCGGCCGGGGCUUCGUUCAGACGAAAGAAAAAGUGCCUUUCCAUGCAAUUGUCUAACGUUGCUCUUCAUCAAUCUCUGGUAAAUGCGGCCGUGGAUCAUCAUUCCCGUAUGGCCCUUAAACACCUAUUGAGAUUUCGUUUGCAAGUUGGAUGUGAUUGUCGGACUCCACUAAACGAUGUCAGUAUGCUCUUGCCUGCGCAGCACUUUGUUCUUGGUGUCGCUAUCGACAUCACCUAUGGAAUGACAAUGGACUGCGAAAGGGCGGAUUCAGAAUUAACUGCGUCCAUUAUAGCCACUGAAAAUCAAAUCAUUCGUACCCGUGCCCUCUUUGCAAAUUAUCAAGACUACCUCCCGUUCUUGUCUCGAUGGCCCUUCUCCUGGAUUUUCUCAUCUAAGCCCCAAUUUUGGCGUGAUCGCCGAGAUGCAUACAUGCGUAGACUUUACAACGACUUUGAACACCGGUUGUUGAUGAAUGACCCACAGGCAGUCCGUAGUAUGCUAGGUAGAAUCCUCUCUAACCCUAAAGUCUCGAUUUCGGCUAGCGAAAUCCAAAGUAUUUGUCUUACUAUGGUAAGUGCUGGUCUCGACAAUUCCGCUCUUACGUUCGACCACCUUAUGGGUCAAUUUUCUCACCAACAUGGGUAUGUCAUGCAAGAAAAAUUGUAUUCCAGCCUCAUAAAUCUCUAUGAUGGUGAUAUGGUUGUGGCAUGGCAUCAGGUGGCUAUUUCCUCUGAUUGUAACUACGCAUUAGCACUCAUUUCUGAAGCAAUGAGGUACUUCACUGUUUUACCUUUAGGAUUGCCUCGACUCACCACUAAAAAGAUCAUUUGCAACGGUGUAACCAUUCCAGAGAACACGGUUGUGGUAAUGAAUGCAUUUGCUGCCAACCAUGAUCCAGAUCAAUUCCACAAUCCCAAUGAAUUUAAUCCAGACAGAUGGUUGAAUGAAGAUGAAAUGAUUAACACCAAAAUGUCACACCUUACCUUUGGCUUGGGUUCUCGCAAGUGCUCGGGUGACAAACUCGCCAUUCGCGACCUAUACACCUUGUUGUGUAGAACAAUUUUGCUUUUUGAAGUUCGUCGUCCAGCUGAUGGUAAAUACCACAUGAAACUCAACCCUUUCGAGGGGAACCUUGCCUGA